GCCCGGGCCGGCCGUCCCGCCAGUCCGCGGCUCCGAUCCAGGCUCCGGUUCCAGGUCACUCCUGUCUGCUUGCCUUUCCUGGGAAGAGGAGCCAUCUGCACGUCAGGGCUGAGCAGGCAGCAAGGGCUAGGAGAGCAGCUACGAUGACGUCGGCACUCCUGGUGGACAUCCGAGAUGAAGUGACAUGUCCCAUCUGCCUGGAGCUCCUGACAGAACCCCUGAGCAUAGACUGUGGCCACAGCUUCUGCCAGGCCUGCAUCAUGGCCAAUGAUGACAAUUCACUGGUCAGCCAAGAAGGGAAGAGCAGCUGUCCUGUGUGCCACGCCAGCUACCAGACUGUGAACCUCCGGCCGAAUCGACACCUCGCCAGCAUCGUGAAGAGGCUCAGAGAUGUAGCCCUGGGCCCAGGGCAGCGGCUCGAGGCUAUGCUUUGUGCGCUUCAUGGGGAGAAGCUCCAGCUCUUCUGCAAGGAGGACGGGAAGCUCAUUUGCUGGCUUUGUGAGCGUGCUCAGGAGCACCACGGUCACCGAACAUUCCUCAUGGAAGAGGUGGCCCAGGAGUACCAGGAGAUGUUCCAGGAGUCUCUGAAGAAGCUAAAGAAAGAGCAGCAGGAAGCUGAGCGGCUAAAAACUGUCAUCAGAGAGAAGAGGUCGUCCUGGAAGAAUCAGCUGGAGCCCGAGAGACGCAGGAUCCAGACAGAGUUCAGUCGAUUGAGAAGCAUCCUGGACAGAGAGGAGCAGCGGGCACUGAAGAAGCUGGAAGAAGAACAGAGGAAGGGGCUGAGCAUCAUAGAGAAGGCCGAGGGAGACCUGAUCCACCAGAGCCAGUCCCUGACAGAGCUCAUCUCUGACCUGGAGCACCGCUGCCAGGGGUCCACGGUGGAUCUGCUGCAGGAUGUGAGUGAUGUCACAAAAAGGAGUGAGUUCUGGACCCUGAGGAAACCCCAACCUCUCCCCACCAAGCUGAGAAGCAUGUUUCGAGCUCCAGAUCUGAAAAGGAUGCUGCGAGUCUUUAGAGAGCUGACAGACGUCCAAAGGUAUUGGGUGGACGUGACUCUGAAUCCACACACAGCAAAUUUAAAUCUCGUCCUGUCUAAAAACCGGAGACAGGUGAGAUUCGUGGGUGCCAAGCUGUGUGAGCCUUCCCGUGCGGAGGAGCAUCAUGACUGCAGCAUCCUGGGCUCUCAGCUCUUCUCUUCGGGGAAGUACUACUGGGAGGUGGAUGUGACGAAGAAGACCGCCUGGAUCCUGGGGGUGUGCAGUAACCCGGUGGCCCCGACGCCCUCUUUCAGCCAGUACGCUAAGGCUGACGUGCAGGCUGCUCCCUCCAGGUACCAGCCACAGAGUGGGUACUGGGUGAUCGGGCUACAGUACAGGCAUGAGUACAGGGCUUAUGAGGACUCCGCCACCUCCCUGCUCCUCUCCAUGUCGGUGCCCCCUCGCCGGGUCGGGGUUUUCUUAGACUACGAGGCCGGCACUGUCUCCUUUUAUAAUGUUACAAACCAUGGCUUGCCCAUCUACACCUUCUCAAAGUAUUACUUUCCCACUGCCCUGUGCCCGUAUUUCAGUCCUUGUAACUGUGUGGUCCCGAUGACCCUGCGUCGCCCAAGCCCUUGAGCGCCCUCCUGCCCCAGGGUGGCUCUCUCCUCCACCAGCAGCUCGCCUGCACCUGUCCCCUGCCUGAGCUCCUGCUGCUGCGUUUCUCUUUCCUGCGCUGUAGGAGUCGCCCAGGGGUGAGCUGAACGUUCCCCACAGGUAUUAUGGUGGACUGGAAGAGCGUUCCAUGGGUCACUGUCUUUUCCACAUGUCACCACCCGUCACAGCUUUUGUUUUGUUUUGAAACUCUGUAGC